GUUCUACCGACGCUUGCCUGGAGGGCGCUCAAGAGCUGAGAGCUAAGCUCCCAGGGUGGAGAAGGAAGUGGUCAGCAGCGCGCCGGCGCCAGGGGUGAUGGUGCUUCCCCGGCUGUUGCUUGCGGCGCCCCGCAGGGCCGUUCUUGAGUCCGUGGAGGCUGCGCUCUACGGUUGGAAAUCAACAAGGGGAAGCUGCCACAAUUUUUGUACUGUUGUUUCCAAACACGUCACUUAUAAAGAAUUAAAAAGCUUGCUUAAUUCCAAAAACAUUAUGUUAAUUGAUGUUAGAGAGCCAUGGGAAAUCCUUGAGUAUGGAAAAAUCCCUGGGUCUGUCAAUAUACCAUUGGAUGAGGUAGGUGAAGCUCUUCAGAUGAACCCAAAAGACUUCAAAGAGAAAUACAAUAAAGUAAAGCCAUCCAAAUCUGACAAUCUAGUGUUUUCUUGUUUAGCUGGACUUAGAAGCAAGAAGGCUCUGGAUACAGCAGUAUCUCUGGGAUUUAACAGUGCUCAACACUAUGCUGGAGGAUGGAAGGAAUGGGUAUCCUGCGAACUUACAGAGAAGAAAGAAGGAAACUGAAUUUUGAAACACAAAUUGACUCUGAGUGCAUGAAACCAAGUAUAGCGGAAUGAGCAAAAUAAACAUCUAGUCCUGACAACAAUGCUUAAUGGUGAGGAGCUUUUGUGUAAAUCAAUUACUCGCUUACUUAAAUCAACUACCUAUUUACUUUCAAAGGCCAUUAAGAAACGAGAAAUAUGUAUUUGACUUGCUCAAACAUAGGAAUUGGGUUCUAAAAACUGAUUUUUAAGU